GAGCUUUCCUCCGCGGGGCGGCGACGCUCUGCGCGGGCGCCGGGCGUUUCACUGGCGUCCUAGCAACGGGCGGGUGCGCGGCGAGCGGCGCCGGACGCAGUGCGGGCGCGGAGCUGGGCGCUGCAGUGCGUGUGCUAAGCUCAGGUUUGAGCAUUGACUGAUACUAUGGGCAUGGCGCUGACCAGGUCGGCGCAGUGGACCACUGCCGGAUACGGGACCAGAACCUUGGAAAUUACUCCUCUCAAUGAAGCAAUAUUGAAAGAAAUUAUGAUGUUUGUGGAGAGCUUUAUCUACAGAUAUCCCCAGGAGGCAAGAUAUGUUUUUGUGGAACCACUCGAAUGGAAAACAGACUUGGACCCCUCGGCAUUUGAAUCAGGUUAUAUUGUCGGUGAAACAACAGUCAAAUCAGAAGAAGUGGAUGAAAAUGGACAGCCUUUGCUGUUUCUCUCUGUACCUCACAUUAAAAUCAGGAACUUUGGGCAGCUGUCACGUUUUUUACUUAUUGCCAAAGAUACAAAGCUGAAGGAAGCACAGGCGUGUGUUGAAGCUAACAGAGAUCCUGUAGCAAAAAUCCUGGGUUUAGAUUAUAAUACAAUGAAAGAAGACACAUCCACGGUAAACAUUCUUGAUAAAGUUACCAAAGGUGAAGAUUCUGAAAAUGAGAUUAAGAUGAAGAUCGCCAGGCUGCUCAGCCAACUGGAUCUGCACCUCCUGAACCAUUCUCUAAAACAUAUUUCACUAGAAAUAAGUUUAAAUCCCACAAGUGUUAAGAACGAUAUAGAAAUGCUGAAAAAUUUCUCAGGAAAAGGAGAACAAACUGUCUUGGAAUCUAUCAGCUAUACCUCAGAUUAUGAAUUUUCAAAUGGAUGUAGAGCCCCACCUUGGAGACAAAUUCAUGGAGAAAUUUGUUAUGUGCUGGUGAAACCACACGAUGUUGAAACUCUGUGCAUUACUUGUAGUGCAGAAGGAGUAUUUUUAAAUGGUGGCAAAACAGACAAUGAGGGGGAAAUUAAUUAUGAGAGAAAAGGUGAAAUUUAUAAAGACCUUGUCACAUUUUUAAAAGAAAAAUCAGCAAAAUUUUCAGAAAAUAUGUCUAAACAGGAGAAGAGAUUCAGCGACAAAAAGGAAAAGAAAGAACCAACUAAUGAGCCACCUGAGAAGGAAGAAGCAGCCCCCGUUCAGAAAGCUAUUACUGGUUCAGGCAAGAGAACACUGGAGAAGAACCAAAUUAAUUUUGGGAAGAGUCAAAUGACCAAGAGAUUAGAGCCAAGUUUAAGGUGGAAGGCUACCGUUCGUUUCAAAGAGUACAGAAGCCUACUAAGAGACCCCCAAGAGGAGAAACACAGAAGAAGACCUGAAAGGUCAGGGCCACCUGUUAAACCCGGAAGAGCGCAGUUAGUUCGUAAGAGUACUGAGAAGAUUGAGGAAAUCGUUAGUGAGAGCUCCUCAGAGAGUGAGGAAGAUGAAGAACCACUUGAUCGUCAGGAAGCAAAUGCAGAUUUGCCAUCAGAAUAUUGGCAAAUUCAGAAGCUGGUGAAAUAUUUAAAGGGAGGAAAUCAGACAGCCACAGUGAUCGCACUGUGUUCAAUGAAGGAUUUCAACUUAGCGCAAGAGACCUGCCAGUUGGCAAUCAGGGAUGUUGGAGGCCUUGAAGUUUUAAUAAAUUUGCUUGAUACAGAUGAAGUCAAAUGUAAAAUUGGUUCAUUAAAAAUCCUGAAGGAAAUCAGUCAUAAUCCUCAAAUCAGACGUAAUAUUGUUGACCUUGGGGGCUUACCAGUUAUGGUUAAUACACUUGAUUCUCCACAUAAGAGUCUGAAAUGUUUGGCAGCUGAGACAAUCGCAAAUGUUGCCAAGUUUAGAAGAGCCCGACAGGCAGUGAGACGCUACGGGGGUAUCACCAAACUGGUCGCUCUACUCCACUGUGGAAAGAGUUCAGCAGAACUGGCUCAAUCGAGUCUGUAUGAUGCCAGAGACGUGGAAGUGGCUCGCUGUGGGGCUCUGGCAUUGUGGAGCUGCAGUAAGAGUUACACAAAUAAAGAAGCCAUUCGUAAAGCUGGGGGCAUUCCUUUGUUGGCUCGCUUACUGAAGACAUCUCAUGAAAACAUGCUAAUUCCAGUGGUAGGGACAUUGCAAGAAUGUGCAUCAGAGGAAAACUACCGAGCUGCGAUCAAAGCAGAAAGGAUCAUUGAAAAUCUGGUGAAGAACCUAAAUAGUGAGAACGAACAAUUGCAGGAACACUGUGCCAUGGCCAUCUACCAGUGUGCUGAGGAUAAGGAAACCCGUGAUCUCGUUAGACUGCACGGAGGUCUUAAACGCCUGGCCAGUCUGCUCGAUAACACGGACAAUAAAGAACGGUUGGCUGCUGUCACUGGGGCAAUAUGGAAAUGUUCCAUCAGCAAAGAGAAUGUGACCAAGUUUCGGGAAUACAAAGCCAUUGAAACUUUGGUGGGACUUUUAACUGACCAGCCCGAAGAGGUACUUGUGAAUGUGGUUGGUGCAUUGGGAGAAUGUUGUCAGGACUAUGAAAAUCGCGUCCUUGUCCGGAAAUGUGGUGGCAUUCCACCACUCGUGAACCUCCUCGUUGGAGUAAACCAAGCUCUUCUUGUCAAUGUCACAAAAGCAGUUGGUGCUUGUGCAGUAGAACCUGAAAGUAUGAUGAUAAUUGAUCGCUUAGAUGGAGUUCGUUUGUUGUGGUCCCUCCUGAAGAAUCCUCACCCGGAAGUGAAGGCCAGUGCAGCAUGGGCCCUCUGUCCCUGCAUCCAAAACACUAAGGAUGCUGGAGAAAUGGUCCGUUCCUUUGUUGGUGGUUUGGAACUUGUCGUCAAUUUACUGAAAUCAGAUAAUAAAGAAGUUUUGGCAAGUGUAUGUGCUGCUAUUACAAAUAUAGCAAAAGAUCAAGAAAAUUUGGCUGUUAUUACAGAUCGUGGAGUUGUCCCUUUAUUGUCCAAACUAGCAAAUACAAAUAAUGAUAAACUGAGGCGUCAUCUAGCAGAAGCUAUUUCACAUUGCUGUAUGUGGGGCAGAAAUAGAGUGGCCUUUGGCGAGUACAAAGCAGUGGCUCCAUUAGUGCAUUACCUGAAAUCAGAUGACCCCAAUGUGCAUCGAGCAACAGCUCAAGCCUUGUACCAACUCUCAGAAGAUGCCGACAACUGCGUCACCAUCCACGAGAAUGGCGCAGUAAAGAGAAGAAAAAUGGAAAAUCUCUUUGAAAAUUGUCAUCUUUGCCAAAGAAAAGUAGAAACACACCUAAGAUGUGUUGCACGAUCAGCCAGGGACGGAUCUGGGAGUGCCGCGGGCGUGAUGCCACACGGUCUGCACCGAUGGAAAUGCAGUGUUUGCACUGUGACUAGGAGAGGCAGCAAAGACGCUUCUUCACAGUGAAGCUGUAUGUUGACAACAAAUUAUCAUAGUCUGCAUAUAUAUCUGGAUGUUAUACACCUUUCUUGCACCAAAAUGUGCCCUCUGUUUUGCUUGUACCAGUCCCGGAAAUCCUCACGGUGGGGGACUCUGGGUCUGAAAGUAGGGCAUGCAAGAUCUGGAUGUACCCAGUGGGUGCCGCUCUUUUGUCAAAGCCAGGGCAAGUCCCCACAUAUACACGUGUAUGUGUAUAUAUGCUUUUACACAGCUGUCGAUGGACAUUUAUUAUUCAAAUUACAUAAAGAAUUAUUACAACUCAAUAAGAAGAUGAGCAACUCAAUUAAAAAUUCGCACAAUUUAUGAAUAGACACUUCAACAAAGAUACAUGGAUGGUAAACAAGCACAUGAAAAGAUGUUCAAAACCAUUAGGCAUCAGGGGAAUGCAAGCCCAAACCUCCUGAGACAUCAGCACAUGUCUGCCGGAAUAGCAGAAAUUCACAAGCCUGACAUACUGAGGGCUGACAAGCACAUGGAGGAACCGGAGCCCUCCUACGCUGCUGAGAACACAGCAUGAGACAGCCACCUUGGGAGACAGCUUGCCAGUUUCUUACAAAACGUGCACUUACCGUACGACCCAGAACCUCUGCUCCCAGGUAUCUGCCCAAGAGGAAUGAAGACAUGUGCACAUAACAACCUCUCUGUGAACAGUUAUACAGCAUGACUCAUAAUCACAAACACAGAAACAAUCAAAAUGCCCCUCAACAGGUGAAUGGAUGAACAAUGACAGGUCCCUCCAGACAAUGGAAUGCUACCCAGCUACAAGAAGGAACAAACCACCAACACAUGCAACAACAGGGACAAAUCUCAAAACCACUAUGCUCAGUGAGAGAAGCCCCAUUUAUAGUUUUGAGGCUGUGUUUCACUCAACUCUCUUCAUUAGGUUUGACUUUUAUUAAAUCAGACCUCCAUGCUUCAGUGCCAUUUCAAGCUUUAGCUCUGACGGUUCCAUUAAAUUAAUAAUUGAUUAUUAAUCAAUUGAUAGUGCUUAUUAAUAAUUAAACCAAAACUACCACCUGACUUAUCUGUAUUUUUCGUAUUUGUUGACUGAAACCCAAAAAUAAAUGAUGUCCUAUCAUAAAAAGAAUAAUUUGAUACUGAAGCCUUUAGACAAGAAUCCAGACAGCUUAUAGGCACUAACGCUGCCACAAG